CUUGACUUGUCAAAUGUCAAUGUCAUUUGUAUUAAGAUUAAAAAUUUCCUGUUGAUGCUUCUUGUUGUCUUCGUGUCGAGAUCACUUUCUCUCUUAAAAUAAGUAAUUUCGCUUUUAAGACCGUUUAAAGAUGAAGAUGGCAGAUGGAUGUAUGAUUUUAAGAAGAAAUAGACCAGGAACUAAAGCCAAGGAUUUUUGUCGUUGGCCUGAUGAAGCGUUUGAAGAAAUGGAUAGUACACUAGCUGUACAACAAUACAUUCAACAAAUAAUAAAACGUGAUCCCUCAAACAUAGAAUUAAUUUUAAAAAUGCCCGAUGCUCAAGAUGAAGGUGUUUGGAAGUACGAACAUCUCCGCCAGUUUUGCAUGGAGUUAAAUGGUCUCGCAGUAAGAUUACAAGGUGAAUGUCAUCCAGAAACUUGCACCCAAAUGACAGCCACUGAACAAUGGAUAUUUUUAUGUGCUGCUCAUAAAACUCCAAAAGAAUGUCCAGCUAUUGAUUACACCAGACAUACAUUAGAUGGUGCUGCAUGUCUUUUAAACAGCAACAAGUAUUUUCCAAGCCGUGUGAGUAUUAAAGAGUCAUCCGUUGCGAAAUUGGGAUCAGUUUGUCGAAGAGUUUAUCGAAUCUUCUCCCAUGCUUAUUAUCAUCAUAGACUGAUAUUUGAUUUGUUUGAGAACGAUACAUGUUUAUGUAGGAGGUUUACUUAUUUUGUUACAAAAUAUAAUUUGAUGUCUAAGGAUAAUUUGAUUGUUCCAAUUUUAGAAGAUGAUGGCACAACUGGUGAAUCAGAGGCAUAAAAAAAUGAUAAAAAGAGAUUUUUAGAUUGUAUAAUGUAUUCUUUAAAAGAUUUUUUUUUAUUCCACAAUUUAAUUUGUUCUAAUAGAAAUAGUAAAAUUAAGACAACAUCUCAUAGUUGGUAAGAAUUUUUAUUAAAUGUUUAUUUUGAUUGUAUUUAAUUUCCUUGAAAAUACAGUUAUUUAUAACCUGAAA